CGGAAUAGACUGACUAAUCGGCGCGAAAGGUGUUUGAUAAGGAAUAUUGGUUGAUGAAAUUUUGAAAAAGUGAAGCCGAAUUUUAAAAAGUGAAGUCGAAUUUGAAGAUAAAGUAAUACUAAAAAUUGAAGAAAAUAUUCGUGUUUGAAAAUAAAUCAUAUUUACUAAAAUACAGCAACAAAGUGUGUCUUAAGCGUUCCAUCAGUUCAACCAGUGAAGUGGUGAUGUGAAAAAUGGAAAAAAUUCUGCUCCAAGUAAAAUCAUUUUUCAAAGCCUUAUUAUGUUUCUUAAUUGCCUGCUGUCUGUUGCCGAUGGUGAUAUUGUCCUUUGUGUCCACUACAGUGAUGAGUUGGUUAAUUAUGUGCUUAGCAUCAAAUACCCCACACUCACCAUCUCCAAAUCCAAGAAGAUUCGUACUUUUGUCGAUACACCACGCAAUGCGGGAAUAUUUCACUUUCUUCUUCAAAUUAAAGGUCAGUGUGACUUUGAACAAAUAAGACAGUACUAUGCCGACAAUCUGACGGAUGCGCGUGACAAGGCUGGCUACUUGCGCUUUCCUAAAUUGCGCCAAAAAUUGGUGACCUGUUGGGGUCACUAUGCUUGGGUGAAUGAUAAUAGUUCCUUCAAUAUAAACAAUCAUGUUGUGCUCAGUGCACGUACAUAUCGUGGACGUCCAGUGAGCGACAGUAAUAUACAAGAUUUCGUAAGCGAAUUGGCCACCAAGUACAUACCGUCCGACUUGCCACAAUGGCAAGUAAUCGUUAUACCAACAGCAACGACCACGUCCAAUACAACAAACACAGCAGAGACUGAAAACGAAAAUAUGACAGCUGCGACACAAACCAUGGCCGAACACUACUAUGUGCUCGUGAAAGUACAUCAUCUAAUCAUAGCCGAAGAGGAAGAUUUACAUAUUAGCGAAAUCUUAAUGCUGCAGGAGAAUGGACGCAAACCAGUGAUAGAUAUCGAUCAAUACGGCGGUAGACGGAAGUCACAAGCACUAUCCUAUUUUGUGCGUGAACCCGUGCACAUAAGACGUCUGCUCCAACACAUUGCCGCGCAAAUAGUGAAUGCGUGGAAUGCUUUCAUCUAUGAGUUUGAGUCGCUAGAGACACCAGAUGGCUAUAGACCCGUGCAUAUUACGAACGUUACGCAGUUGUUGUCGGUGUUACUGAUCGUCACCGUGAAUGUGUGCAUCGAUUAUUGGCGCACAAUGCAAUUGCGUCAGAAGCUGCAACGGCGCUACAAUGUGCAAAAAGAUAACUAUGGUCGUCUCAGGAUAUUCACGAUGCUGUUGAUGAAGGAGAUCGAGCGACGCAAUCUCUCAUGGCAGUCCGCCUGGAUGUCGAUCUGUACUUCGUGGCAUCCAACGAAUAUUGUGAAGACUUGGACUAAGUUCUUGUGGCGGCUCAACAUCAACAAUACCAUCUUGUUGCCCUACCGCAUCUACUGCGAACUGAUGGCCAUACGUGAGCUCAUAUUCCGGGGACAAACUCAUCUAACGCACACACAUGUGGGACGCAUAUCGAUAUACCUGCCAAUGUUGUUGUAUGCGCAAAUCGAAUUUCUCAAAAUAUGCUAUGAAAUCUUCAAAGCGCCAGUGAAUAUUUACGAAGAACUCUUUGUGAAACCGUCCAAAGAAGCGAAUAUAUUGCAAUUGAAAUCAUAUUCGGGACGUAAAAUCGUUUCAUUCUCCAAAUCCAUCAAUGCCGCUGAAUUGCGUCAACGUCACAACUUUGAUGCGACGACUUGUGAAUCCGACUUCAUACUCGCCUGCCUUGCUGGCGCAUUACGUGAUUACUUCGCUGUGCAUAGCAGUCAGGCGCCAGUGCCACAGGUGCUCAAUACGACGUGUCGUACCAUUGCCAAGGGUUACUUCACGGAGAACACGGGCAAUAAGGCAGAGAACAUUGGUGGUGUGGUUUUUCUACAAUUGCCGUUGCAGGCGCCCAGCCGUGAGCUCGUCCAUAAAGUCCACACUAUUGUGGAAGAUAUACGUCGCAAGCAAAUCAUGAUCUAUUUGGCGUCGCUGGGGCAAACUCGCUUCGAUCUGCUGACCGCUUUGUUGCCACGUGUAUUGACGAAAGUUUGUUUGAAUUUCUUCUCACAUAAUUUUCCCGUUACUAUUACGGAGAUACACGGCGCUACGUCAGAUUUUGAAACACUCUGGGGUCAUGUGGUGGAGGAUGUAUUGCUCUUCAGACCGCCGCAAUCGAAAACUUGUUUAUCUUUGAAUAUUCAUCGCUUUGGAGAUCGAUAUCGUUUGGCGAUAAUGGCCGACACCCAACUGGGUCCAGAUCAUUCUCAAAUAUCUCGUGCAUUUGAAAAUUAUAUUGAAACAUUGCAACUAUGAUGUGGUUCCAAUUUAUUCAUUCAUUUCUGUGAUUAAAUAAUUUUGUAAUAAAAGUCGGUUAACGAAAUUAAAA